AUGAUUGUUAAUCUAUCACAUUUAUUGUUAUUAAAGAUAGUUAGUUAUCUUGAAGAAAACAUAGAUAAAAUAUGUGUCAGUUUAGUUUGUAAAAGAUUAUUCAGUGAAAGAGAUAAAUAUCUAUAUUUUAAUACCGAUCAUUUAAAUGUCAAUAUUAGCAAAGAAAUUGAUAAUCUUGGUGGUCGAUCUAAAAGUAAAUCAAACAAAGAGGCACCAGUAUAUUAUAUUAAGAGUUUAUUUACAAUGAAAUCAUAUCGAACAUCAUUACUCAGAUCACUCGGUCAAAAGAGUAAUUGUACUCUGAUAUAUGGCAAAGCUAUUUACGAAACAGACUAUUCAGUAAAUCCAUAUAAAUAUCCUGUAGAAAAUAUCUAUGGAAUUACACCAAAUAUCACUAAAGUUGAAAUAGCCAAACCAAUUGAUAAUAAGUAUUUAAAGGAAAUCUAUGGAAUGAUAUCGAAUUCAAAUGUGUCUACUUUAAUAGGAAUUUCAAGUCUAUCAUAUGUAUUACCUGUGAAUUUGACAUCGAUAACAUUUAAUGAAAAAUUCAACAAAGCAUUGUUGGCAGGUCAACUUCCACCGAAUCUAAAGGAACUGAUAUUCGAAUGGAAUUCAAUCUUUAACCAACCAAUCUCAGCAGGUGUUCUUCCAAAUACAUUGGAGAAACUGAUGUUUGGUAGUUAUUCAUACUUUAAUAAACCAUUUGAACCUCAUGUAUUACCAUCAUCUUUAACAUAUUUGGAAUUGGGAAGAUCUUACACUCAAACCCUUCAAGUUGGAUCUCUUCCUCCAAAUCUUAGAGUUCUUAUUCAUUGUGGUAGUUAUAGUAAGAUAUCAGCGGAUGAAUCACUUGACAAUCUCACAGCACUGACACUCUUUUAUAGAUAUGAUUCAGUCGGCACAUUAGAUUUGUCAGAUCUACCAGCUUCUCUAACUAGUUUAGAUAUUGAAUCUUCAUUGCAUCUCACGUCAUCUCUAUCACCUUCAAUCAGAUAUCUCAGUAUACACAAUUCCAAAUACGAUGUUGAUGAGAUAUUCAAAGAUCGAUCACAAUAUAAUUUCGAAAUACUCUCUGUCGAUGGAUACAAACAAGAAUCACUUGAAAAUCUGAAGAUCAACGAGUUGCAACUGAGAUUUGGUAAAAAAGGAUCUAUUAUCAGAGAGAUUCCAUUUGGUGUGGAAACUUUAGAAUUUGGAAUCGAUGAUGAACACUUGGUUAAAAAAAAUCGAAAAGGUAUUCCAUCAUCAGUUAAGAAGAUCAUAUUUAAUAGUUGUCCAACAAUCAAUGAACUUGAUUUCAAAAUUCCCAACUCUGUAGAACAUGUCGUGAUAAAAGCUUUUUAUAAUGGAUUCUCAAAGAUUCUUUUUAGUUCUCUUUCUUCUUCCUGUUCUAUCUGA